AGGGCAAAGUGGUGGACUUCUAUUGCUCUGGCAUCAGGAUGUGAAUAUUAUCAAUGUGGUUUCUAAGGAUUUCUACAUUGCUGUCAACUACUCUCUGAAUCAUGAAGAUCAAGGCUGGGGUGUGUUUGUUUAUAUGAGUACUGAUAGAAGAACCAGGGAAGCUCAGUGGAUGAUUCUGGAAGAAGAUAGAUACUCCUGGGGUGAAGUGUGGUUUACUAUAGGAGAUUGGAACUCUAUCUGUGCCAAGGAAGAAAAAAAAAGGGGAAGACCCAGACAGGAUAGAAGUUUUGAUGGCUUUAACAAAUUCAUCUCCAACAUGGAAAUGGAAGAGAUUGGCAUGGAAGGACACCAGUUUACAUGGGGGAACAACAGAGACGCUGAGGGAUAUGUUGAAGAGAAGCUAGACAGAGCUUUUGCUUCUUUUGAAUGGCUCAGUUCACACCCCAAUGCUAAAGUGCUUAAUGUGAUAAGAACAGCCUCAGAUCACUCUCUCCUUAUUCUUAAUGCUGGUUCUCAAGAAUCUAGAUGCAAGAGGAGAUUUGCCUUUGACAGAAGAUGGGUUUCUAAAGAAGGAUUUGCUGAGGUAGUGCAGAAAGCCUGGUCCAUACCUCAGUCUGGCACACCUUUCUUCAGGCUCAAAGAAAAAGUGAAGCAGACAAGAAUUGCUCUUCUCAUAUGGAGCUCAAAAUUCAAAUCUCAAAACCAAGAAAAGAUUGCUGCUCUUUCUAAUAAGCUUGAGGAAAUCAGAGAAGCUGGUAAAGCAGAUAAUUGGGAGGAAUGGGAUUCAGUCUCAAAAGAACUUAAUGAUGCUUAUACCUAUGAGGAGAAAUUCUGGGCUCAGAAAGCUAGAGUACAGUGGUUAAAGGAGGGAAACUCUAACACUAAAUUUUUCCAUGCUUAUUCUAUGUCCAGAAGAAGGCAGAAUGCAAUCUCAAGACUUAUCACUGAUGCUAACAGAGUCUGCUCUUCUAGAAGGGAUAUUGAAAAUCACAUUACCACUUACUAUUCUUCAUUGUUCUCUUCAGAAGGUUCUUGGGGGGGAGAUUCCAUGUUAUUUACAGGCCAAAAAGUGAACAUCCAAAAAUCAUCUGCAUUUUUUAGUAAAAACACCUCUCUUACUGCUCAGAAUCAAGUUUGUGCUAUUAUGGCUGGUAUUCAACUGCAUUCUUCUACCAGAUAUUUGGGCCUCCCUCUGGGGAUUGGCAGAUCAAAAUCAGAAGUGUUCUCUUAUGUCUUAGACUCAGUAAAAGCUAAACUGUGGAGUUGGAAGAAUAAGAUGAUCUCAGUUGCUGGCAAGGAG